CGGGCUCGGACAGUCGGCCUCAGCCUUCCCAGGGACUAGGUGAUCGCAAUUUCCGUCUUUGCAGAAGUCAGGAGGUCCUCUGGGGGCCGGCACACAGUAGGUGCCUCUCUGAGCCUCGGUCUCCUCAUCUGUGAAACCGGGUCAUCCUAGUACCAACCUAAUUGGGCUGUUGGGAGGAAUCAGGAGGUGGCAAAUGAGGAAAGCGCUCUGCACACAGUAGGCGGUCAGUAAAUGACCAGUCACCUUCCCCAACCUCCUCCUCAGAGGGGCUCUGCCAGGAAAAUAGUAAAUAUAAUGACCCAGGCACUUGGUUAGCAGAGUGCCUGCCUGUUCGUGUGUGCUCAAAACGGGAUAGCCAGAAUUUAUAGGAUUAGGUCAUUUAGUCCUCUAUCGACCAUAUUAAGUGGAAGUACUAGAAACGUUCCCUGCUAUACGGAUGAGGAAUCAAGGCUCAGAGAGGUCAAGCCUUUUGCACAGGGCUACACAGCGAGUAAUGAUCAGAGCUGCGAUUAAAGCCUGGCCUUCAGUGCAGGGCCAUUCAAGUACUGAAGGGCAUACAGGAGCCUCUCUGUGGCUCCUGGGACCAUGGGCCUCGGGCCCUGAGGACGCGGGGCUCCCUGUGGCCAUGACGACGGGUGACUGCUGUCACCUCCCUGGCUCCCUGUGCGACUGCUCCGACAGCCCCGCCUUCUCCAAGGUCGUGGAGGCCACGGGCCUUGGGCCACCCCAGUAUGUGGCACAGGUGACUUCAAGGGACGGCCGGCUCCUCUCAACUGUCAUCCGGGCCUUGGACACACCGAGCGAUGGUCCAUUCUGCAGGAUCUGCCAUGAGGGAGCGAAUGGGGAGAGCUUGCUGUCUCCAUGUGGUUGCACCGGCACACUGGGCGCUGUGCACAAGAGCUGUCUGGAGAGAUGGCUUUCCUCAUCCAAUACCAGCUACUGCGAGCUGUGCCACACGGAGUUUGCAGUGGAGAAGAGGCCCCGGCCCCUCACAGAGUGGCUGAAGGACCCAGGGCCUCGGACAGAGAAGAGGACACUGUGCUGCGACAUGGUGUGCUUCCUGUUCAUCACGCCUCUGGCCGCGAUCUCAGGCUGGCUGUGCCUGCGUGGGGCCCAGGACCACCUCAGGCUCCAUAGCCGGCUGGAGGCGGUGGGGCUCAUCGCCCUCACCAUUGCUCUCUUUACCAUCUACGUCCUCUGGACGCUGGUCUCAUUCCGCUACCAUUGCCAGCUGUACUCCGAGUGGAGAAGGACCAACCAGAAAGUGCGCCUGAAGAUCCGGGCCACCGAUGGCCCCGAAGGCACCCAGCACUCCUCUCUGGCAGCUGGGCUCCUGAAGAAGGUGGCAGAGGAGACGCCUGUGUGAAGGCCGGGCUGGCAGGGCCAGAGGCAGCUGGCGAUGCCCUGGUGUUUGGAAGGACAGAAACUGCCCGACACUUCCGCACAGCUGGAAUGCUUCUUAGGCCAAGAGAUGCCAAAGUGGAGCUGAUUCCGUGAUUCCCGUGUGAAGCUAUUCUCAGAUCGUUUUGCACACUCUUACACACGAGGAGAACAGACGGACGUGGUCCCGAGCUUCGGAUGGAGCAGGCACCCUGAUCUCAUUCUGAGGUCUACCUGGCCCCUCCUGGGCCAGCAGCCAUGGCCAGAGGCGAGUCGCGGGCACCCAUGGAGCUGGGAGGUUCCGCAAGCUUCUUGCACUUUUCUGCACCUGGCAGGCUCACAUUCCCGGCACCCUCAACUUUAUAAAGUUGCACCGUGUUUCAAAACCCACCCCCCUACCCCACCCCACCCCCAAUGAAUAAAAGGAGCCCUUGCUGGACAAAA